GGAGGCUGGAGCUGGGAGCUGGAGGCCAGAGACAUGAACAAAAUCUUCCCCCAGGGAGACGGCAAUGACAGUGCUGCUGGAGCCAAAGCCCUCCCUGGAGGGGAAGCUGGCUGCGGCCUGCUCUGCUGCUCGCGCCGGUGCGCCUGUCUCUCGGCCUUCUUGCUGCUCCUGCUGGUGACCCUUGCAGCCCUGAUCGCCCUGGUCACCAUCCUUGGACUCCCACCGCGCACACCAGGGGCCCAGACCUGUGUGACGCUGACGAACAGGACGGGCUUCCUGUGCCACGACCGGAGGAGUUGCAUCCCCGCCAGCAGGGUCUGUGACGGCGUCCGCACCUGUGCCCACGGCGAGGACGAGGACGAGGCCAUGUGCCGGGACAUGCCCCAGAGCCUCCCCAGCUUCCUCGUCGCCCGCUGUGGAGACCCGUCUUCCUGGAUCUACUCAGACCAAAAGUGUGAUGGGGCCAACAACUGCGGGGACUGCUCAGAUGAACUGAGCCCAGUGACCGCAUGCCCGCCCUGUGGCCCGGGCUGGUGGCGCUGCCCCUCCACCGUCUUCGGGUACUGCGGCUGCAUCCCCAGGAGCCUCUGCCGUGACCUCGUGCAGCACUGCUCCGACUGGUCCGAUGAGUACUCCUGUCCUGGACCCUGA